GCUCUCGUGAGGUGACGUGUCGAGCGCAACCGUGCUGACGAGGCAGACCAGCGUUCGCUGCCGUUCGGUGUGGUCAGCGUGUCUGAGAAGCUUCCCCGGUGCAAGGCCAAGACCCUGGAACGACACCAUCGGCUUCAUUAUGUCUCAGCGAAAAAAUAGGCAGGGGCACCACCGCCGAGGGGAGGCACGCGGACGUGCCAUGCGUGCCCACAUUCCUCUGCUGGAGUACUUGCGGUGGCCCCGCUUGCGGCGUCCAAUAUACAAGCACUGGCUGCUCAACUUCCUGCGUCUCGUGGAGCUCUUCUGUUGGGUCAUGCUGUUCCGACUGCUGAUUGCGCUGUCCGCAGUCACUGUGGUUGUGUUGGCAUGUCUCCUGGUCGCUGCAAUGGUGGUGGGCGGUCCGGCCCUGCUGCGCUCCCUCGCCGACUUCAUGACCGACACGUUCCGCGAGGUGUUCACCCUGUGCUCCCAGUUCCUACAAGAUCCUGUCCAGGCGCGCCUGUUCGACAUGGCCAGGAGGGGAACAAAUAUGUGACUGGAGACGCCAGGCCUCGCUGACUUGGCCACCAAGCUGGCGGCUGGGCAAGCGGCGGGCGCCUAACGCGGCAACUGUCAGCGUCCACUCGGUGCCCAAGGCACGAUGCUAAACGCCGGUGCAACGGGCGCGCGUGGUGUGCGAGGUGUGUGGGUUUUGUGUUGUUUCGUCUCUCGGGUGAACUGCUGCUGCAAGUCAUUUGGCAACCGUCCUGUCUCGGCUAGUUGGCGACCACGUAUGUGACGUGGCGGUUACGCAACGCACUUGAUGCCAAGCAGGGCACUGCGAAGUCUCGUGGCAAGCGAGCAGGCAUGGCGUUGGCGCGGCUCGUCUUCUGGGCUCUGUCUGGUGUGCACUGUCGGCAUACCGGCGCACAGGCCCGUAAACUCGCCCUGCUUUUACGCACGCGAUGCAACUGACGUGAAGCGCAUUCUGCAGCUUUACGCUGGAGAUGUGCACCGAAUGCGAGAGUGCACCUUGCGCUUUUGUGUCCAGCUGUUUUUCACGGUCGGAGGCCUGCCACAGCCGUGUGGCAGUCCUUACGGAGCGCUGGCACAUCUGCAAGCGACGGUGAUUAGCAUUGUGCGGCCCGUGUCUUGCAUCAAGUGCAUUGUAAGCUGCCUCGUUAACAGGCAUUGCAACUUUCCCAUAAUUCCACCAUGGCUGAACAGUCCGCCCCUUUCCUUGCUUUCGUUUGAGGACAACCGCACCCAGAAUGAGAGUUUGCUUGUAACUAGCGCUUGUUUAGCAGGACAAGGCCUUCCCGGCUUGUGCAACUCUUUAAUCACGACGCCUGUGAAUGGACCGUCACGAAGGGACAGCAAGAACCCGGCAUUGAAAACGAGCGCAAGGAGGGGAUAAACCAGACGCAAGACCGUGGUGCUCGCCCUGUGGAGUCAACUUGCCAAAGUUCUGCGUUUGUCUGCUGCUGGGCGAAACAUGAGUGCUUUGUUAGGACUGCCAAGGAAAUCAUAUUUUACAGCCAAGACAGGUGAGCGUACUUGCCUGUGAGGACGUCACGGCUCGACUACAGCGAUUGGGUGCGGUGAAUGUGUGAAAUGAAGGUGGCCAGUGCAAGGAGAAGAGGCAUCGCGUGAAAGACGGACAGGGUUCGCCAGCCAGCUGAGACAGUGGGUUGAGAGCUUACGAAUAACAGUGCACAUUGGCAUUGCCCGUUCCAGGGUCACGAAGCAAUUCUUUCGCUUGUAGGGUUUGAAAACGGUACGCGGACAGUUGUCUUCUCAAACAUCCGUACACACUACACGUGUGCAGCCAGCGCACACAAAUAUAAAAAGAAAACAGCCAGAAUGAUGAAUAUAGUUCCAAGUCUUAGCACGCCACAUGUUUUUUUUUCUUUCUUUUUGUUUCCUUUCCCUGCAGUGUUAUCUCGUGACUUGCAUUUUCCUCACCUGAAGUACGGAAUGUGUUUUCAUAGCCUUUUGUCAUGUACCUUCUUGGAGUGUUAUUUUUUGUUUUGUGUGUUAGUUUUGUUCACUACAAACAGUUUGUUGCAACCCACUGCGCGAUAUGUAGGUGAACUGUGUUUGUUCAGUAUGUUCUGUUAUGGGCAUUAAACUUUGCUUUUGA